AUGGCUUCUGCUUCUUCCAAGCCAGCCCUUAAAACAAAAGCCCGGAAGCCUCCUGUCUGUGUCCUUUGCAAGGGGCCCUUCAAGACUCCUGUGAUCAUUGAUGGCCUGAAAUUCUGCCGUUUCUGCUUUUCAAGCCUGAAGAAGGAAGCCCUCGCCAAUCCACCUUCCUUGAAGAAUAAGGACAAGUCAAAGAGGGAGGCAGAGGGAAAGAGAGAGAAAGAGGGUGAGGAGAAGAAGGGGCUCUGUGACGAACAUGGAGAGCCCCUGACUUGGUUCUGCACCAAGGAGAGAGCCCCCAUCUGUGAGGCCUGCAGGGCAUCCAAAAGCCACGCUGCUCACUCCGUGGUGCCUGCUGAAGAUGCUGCCCAGGAGUACAAGGGAAAACUGCAACAUGCUGCUUAUCUGCUACAGCAGCAUCUGGAUACGUCUCUGAAGUUGCAAUACCAAGAAGGGAAGAAAACAGCAGACUGGAAGGCAAGUGUUCACAGCCAGAAACAGCGAAUCGCGAGUGAGUUUACCAAGCUAUAUAACUUUCUGUCUGAGGAAGAACAGCGACUCCUGAAGAGGUUGAAGGAGGAGGAGCGAGAGACCCUGAAGAGACUUCACUCAAAUUUAGAGCGGCUCUCCAAGCAGAGUUCCACACUGAAGCAGCUGGUCACAGAAGUGAAGGAGAAGAGCCAGCAACCAGCGGCUGAGCUUCUGAAGGAUGUGGAAAAUGCAUUAAGCAGGAGUGAAAAUGUGACAUUGCAGGAAACAGAUGUUCCCACUGAACUGAAGUAUGUGUAUAACAUUCCUUGCAUCGACAUUAUUGAAAUCUUAACAAAGUUCAAGGUGGGUGUAUCUGUGGAUCCAGCCACAGCUCAUCCCAGCCUUAUUGUGUCUGACAACAGGAAGACUGUGAAACAUGGAGGGGCACAGGAGGGGCUGCCCAGAGACAACAGUCCUGAGAGAUUUGAUGCUUAUGUCCUGGUUCUGGGCUCUGAGAGAUUCACCUCAGGGAGGUACUACUGGGAAGUGGAAGUGGGGGACAGCCCAGAGUGGGACCUGGGAGUCUGUAGGGAAUCUGUGAGCAGGAAGGGGCAGAGAAGCAUGUUUUCUCCCAAAACUGGGUUCUGGAGAUUGUGGCUUAGGAAUGGCGAUCAGUACAAGGCCCUGAUUUCCCACCCAAUUCCUCUCUCUUUGUGCAUGAAGCCAACUCGAGUAGGGGUCUUCCUGGACUAUGGGGAAGGCGAGGUUUCAUUUUAUAAUGUGACAGAGAAAACCCACAUUUACACAUACAUUGGGACCUUUUACAGUCCUUUGCGGCCUUUCUUUAGUCCAUGCCGCUAUCACAAAGGGGAAAAUGCAUACACUUUGUCUAUCUGCCCAAAGAGGGAAAUCAUGAGAAGCAAGAAUCAAAGCUCUGUCCAAGGAACAAAGCCCUGAUGCUUCUCCAGGCACCAAAAUGAGGCUUCUUGCACAAUGAACUAGUUUAAUUCAAACGCUAACAGGAGGCCCAUUGUUCACCAGCUAUGCUAGCAUCUCUUCCUACUAGGCUUGCCAGUUUCUUGUUGGGGGACCCCUGGCUCUAGUUACUCACUGCCUCUCAGCUGGGAUGAUACGAGGAAAUACCCAGGCAAAAUGAGGAGGGAGCGAUCAGCCAGAUGACACACUAGCAUUUACCCCAAACUCUAAACCAUAGAGUUCGGGACAAAUGUUAGAGUUAGCAAAGUGUCUAACUGUUGGCAAUGUAAUUCACAAAAUGCAUCUCUUAAGCAUAUGCUUUGGUCAUGUUUAGUCAGCCCUUUUCAGAGGAAACUAUUAGUCAUAGUAAUUUUGUGUUAGAAAACUCAUUUAUUUUUGAGGAUGUUAAUGGACUUUUAAACUACUUGCCUGUCUCUUGGAAUCUAACCGAUGGUCAAUGGAAAUGGACCCUCCGUGCCCUUACAGGUGCAAAAAGACUUAUACUUCAGCAUUGGAAAGACAAAAGCUCACCUCCUGUAAAUCACUGGAUUGAAGAAGACCUUAUAAACUUAUCAACAUUUGGACUUAUUGCAUAUAGAAGGCAACUGUGCAUGGAAUUAUAUUUAGAUAUUUGGAAAUAUUCUAUAGACACCUAUGUAUAGAUUUGCCGGUAGUAUUUUUGUAGCCAGUGCUGUUUUCUGUUUUCUUUUUCUCUCCUGUUUGCUUUUUAAUUUUUUUAUGUUCUUGAACUAAUAAGUUAAGCUUUUUAAAAAAAAUAGAGUGUUGGCUUGCUCUGGGCACAAAGACUUCACUUCCAGGUCACACUAGAAGUGACAUUAUUGCACCAAUAGUGAGGGCCCCCAACCAGAAGUGCUCACCUCUCCUUCCUACCUAUCUGUAACAAUUUCCAAAUAUACCAGACUGUUUCAUUUUA